CCAAGGCCACAGUCAUCUCAGAGUGACCAGGGCCCAAGCAGUGUGUCAUGAAGAGCCGGGGCCGGGCCCCACUCCCCCAGCAGAGAAGCAACCCUCGUGGGAAACCCCUCACCUGUUAGGGGUCUUCGAACUGACCACGGGAUCGAAAGGAGCUGGUCCCAGCGCCUGGCCUCCGGUGGGAAGUGGACAGAGUGCACGAGUGCGGCCCCACCAUGUCUGAGACUUCCUCCCACGACUCCUUCUACGACUCCCUGUCGGAUGUGCAGGACGACGGCGACACCGCGGACUUCUUUCCUGGGCUCUCGGCUUUUCUCAGUCAGGAAGAGAUACACAAGAGCCUUGACCUAGCCCGCAGAGCCAUUGCCUCCCCCGAGCCAGAGGGCUGCGACCCCGAGGAGCUCUCACAGAGGCUCAGCCCUGCUCCUGGGAGCCUCUGGGAGCCGCCUUCCCACCAGGAACCCAGGUCAGGUGGGCCCGGGGCCCCAGCGAGACCUGGCGGCCACAGGCCCGCACCUAUGCACCCUCCACCGGCCGAGCAAGCCCAGCGUAUCUCCUCUCCUGCGCCGAGGAAGAAACCGGCCGUCUCGCCUCUGCUGGCCAGCCCCAGCUACAUCCGGAGCCUCCGCAAGGCUGGGAAGCACGUGGCAAAGGCUCCCAGCACCAGCGCCAAGCCCAAAGCCACGCGCCACGGCAGGCCUGGUCCCCAGAGCCAGCUGUGCGACAAAGCGGCCAGCUUCAUUGAGGAGCUGACGUCCAUUUUUAGAGAAGCCGCAAAGCCAAGAAACAGAAGCCCCAACGGGGAGUCCUCAUCCCCAGACAGCGGGUACCUAUCCCCCCAAAACCAGCCGUCAACCCUGCGGAGCGCCCCCGCCAGCCAGAGCCCCACCGGGGACCCGCCAGAGGUGGACGUGGAGGCCGAGGCCAAACUCCCUGUGACUGGGCAUCACUCCUCCGCGGCCCGGGGCGCAGCCCGGUCCUCCCGCAGCCCCUCGCCCCCGCCGCCCCUCAGCGCACGCCACCUCCCAUCAGCUCCCCGGUUCACCCAGAAGCUGCGGAGCCAAGAAGUGGCAGAAGGAAGUCGCGUCUACCUGGAAUGCAGAGUCACCGGAACCCCAGCUCCUCGGGUCAGAUGGUUCUGUGAAGGGAAGGAACUGCACAACAGUCCUGACAUCCAGAUCCAGGGGGACGGCGACCUGCACACGCUGCUCAUAGCUGAGGCCUUCGAGGACGACACGGGCCGAUACACCUGCCUGGCCACCAACCCCAGCGGCUCCGACGCCACAUCUGCCGAGGUGUUCAUUGAAGGUGCCAGUUCAUCUGAUUCUGACAGUGAAAGUGUAGCUUUCAAGUCAAAACCUGGAGCCAUGCCACAAGCUCAGAAGAAAACAACUUCCGUUUCCUUGACGAUAGGAUCAUCGUCUCCCAAGACAGGGGUGACCACCGCCGUGAUUCAGCCACUGUCUGUCCCCGUUCAGCAGGCCCCCAGCCCCACCUCGUACCUCUGCCGGCCAGAUGGACCUGCAGCUGCCUGCCUCCCUCCUGUCUUCACCAAGGAGCUGCAGAGCAUCGCGGCGACCGAGGGCCAGGUGGUGGUGCUGGAGUGCCGGGUCCGAGGCGCGCCCCCGCUGCAGGUGCGGUGGUUCCGACAGGGCAGUGAAAUCCAGGACUCUCCAGAUUUCCGGAUCCUACAGAAAAAACCUCGAUCCACGGCUGAACCUGAGGAGAUCUGCACCCUCGUCAUCGCAGAGACGUUUCCCGAGGAUGCGGGGGUCUUCACCUGCUCUGCCAGCAAUGACUAUGGGACAGUCACCAGCACCGCCCAGCUGCUGGUCACUUCAGCCAGCACAGAAACCUGCGGCUACGACUCAGCAGGAGAGGCCAGCACGGGCCACUUCCAGCCCUUCCCGCCGCCCCCUCCAGUCUGGGAGACCAGCCCCUUCGAGCUGGCUUCAAAGGAACCCGCUGAGAUCCAGCCGGGGAACAGCCCCACAUUAGGACUGAGUCCAGUGGCCCUUCCGUUCAGUCCCACCGAGAGGGAGCCCAACGGAGUCCAUGCCAGCCACGGCCAUGGCAUGAAUGGGCUGGUGAACGGCAAGGCUGAUGGAGGGGAACCCCUGCCGCCACCACCCGCCCUGCUGUCGCCCACAAAGGAACCACCUCCUCUGCUGGCCAAGCCAAAACUGGACGCACUGAAGAUCCAGCAGCUGCAGCAGCAGAUCCGCCUGGAGCGCGAGGCCCGCGCGCGCCCCUCGCCGCCCGCGUCCCCGGAGCCGGCGCGCCCGGAGCCCAUGAGCGCGCUCGCCGCCCGGCCCGCGCGCGCCAUGCAGGCCUCCGGCUCGUUCAGCUAUGCGCGCCCCAAGCAGUUCAUCGCGGCGCAGAGCCUGAGCCCCGGCUCCCCUGCAUCCCCAACGCCCCCCGCCGGCCGCGCGCCGCCUCCCGAGCCCGAGGCGCCAUGGAGCGCGCUCCCGCCGCCACCCCCGCCGCUGAGCCCCACCGCGGUAGCCCCAGGGCCCGACGUGUUCCCGCCGCCGCCGCCACCGCCUCCGCCCGGCCCGGGCCCCACGCCCCGCGCCGCCCGGUCCGGCCCGGGCCCGGCGCCCGCAGCGUUGCUCUGUGCCCUGCUGCCCUCACCGCCCGCCGCCGCCACCGUCCCGACCACAGUCUCGGCGCUCGGCCUGCCACGUGCCGCCCCAGCCGCGGCAUUUCCCAAGAAGGCAAGCAGGACCACCAGGAUGGCCUCCGACGAGGAGAUCCAGGGCUCCAAGGACGCCGUCAUCCAGGACUUAGAACGGAAGCUGCGCUUUAAGGAGGACCUGCUUAACAAUGGGCAGCCGAGGCUGACCUACGAGGAGCGGAUGGCACGGCGGCUGCUGGGUGCUGAUAGCGCCACUGUCCUCAGUGCACAGGAGCCGGAGGAGGGGCCGGCCAGCCAGGGCCCUGGGUCUCCUCAUGCUUCUGUGGGGGAUCCUCUGGAUGGUCAAAAGGAGUACAAGGUCUCCAGCUGUGAACAGAGACUCAUCAGCGAGAUCGAGUACAGGCUGGAAAGGUCCCCUGUGGAUGAAUCAGGGGAUGAAGUCCCCUGGGGGGACGUGUCUGUGGAGAGCAGCGCGGCUCCGUUCUUCGAGGUGAAGCUGAAGCAUUACAAAGUCUUUGAGGGGAUGCCGGUGACUUUCAUGUGCAGAGUGACUGGGAAUCCAAAGCCGAAGAUCUACUGGUUUAAAGAUGGAAAGCAGGUCUCUCCCAGGAACGAUCACUACAUCAUCCAGAGCGACCCCGAUGGGACCUGCUCUCUGCACAUGGCGGCCUCCACCUUGGAUGACGACGGGAACUACACCAUCAUGGCCUCGAACCCUCAGGGCCGCAGCAGCUGCACGGGACGGCUGAUGGUGCAGGCGGUGAACCAGAGGGGCCGCAGCCCCCGCUCGCCCGCAGGCCACCCUCACGGCAGAAGGCCUCGUUCCAGAUCCAGGGACAGUGCGGAUGAAAGUGAACCCAUUCAAGAGCGAUUCUUCAGACCUCACUUCCUGCAGGCGCCUGGGGACUUGACUGUCCAGGAGGGAAAACUCUGCCGGAUGGACUGCAAGGUCAGUGGGCUGCCGACCCCAGAUCUCAGCUGGCAGUUGGAUGGAAAGCCCAUCCGCCCGGACAGUGCCCACAAGAUGCUGGUGCGUGAGAACGGGGUGCACUCGCUGAUCAUUGAGCCCGUCUCGGCCCGGGACGCUGGCAUCUACACCUGCGUGGCCACCAACCGGGCAGGACAGAACUCCUUCAGCCUGGAGCUUGUGGUUGCAGCUAAGGAGGCACACAAGCCCCCCGUGUUUCUGGAGAAGCUGCAGAACACGGGUGUGGCCGACGGAUACCCGGUGCGCCUGGAGUGCCGGGUGGCGGGGGCACCGCCACCACAGAUCUUCUGGAAGAAAGAAAACGAAUCGCUCACUCACAGCACCGACCGAGUGAGCAUGCACCAGGACAGCCACGGCUACGUGUGUCUGCUCAUCCAGGGAGCCAGCAAGGACGACGCCGGCUGGUACACCGUGUCGGCCAAGAACGAGGCGGGGAUCGUGUCCUGCACAGCCCGGCUGGACGUGUACAUUUCUCAGCAUUAACAGUGACCCUCGCCAGGAGGACAGUGCCCAACCCAGUGGCAGCAGCCACCGCCAAGUACGAAGCCGAAGCGGGUGCGGCCCUCGGCCAGCCGCUACGCCGCGCUCUCGGACCAGGGCCUGGACAUCAGAGCCGCCUUCCAGCCCGAAGCCAGCCCAUCCCACCUGACGCUGAGCCCGGGCCUGGUGGAGAGUGAGGACCUGUAACCCCGUUUCUCACCAGAGCCGAGACACUGCACCAGCCGUGGCCUUGACCAGCGUUCUCCUCCGUCCUAUUACAGGAAAGGCAGAAACGCACCUUUGACUCUUAAGACAUAAAACAACACCCGAAUCCCACUUUUCUUCCCGGUAAACCAAUCAAAGAGGUGGCGCAGGCGGCACAGAGGCAGCGCACUCUUGCACAGAGAACUCACACUGAGCAGCCAGGUGUAAACUUUGGGGAUUGCUGUGAUUACAGGGUCUGAGAUGCCAGAGUGCUGAAGGAACACAGGUCACCACAGCUGCCUGGUCACAAGUGCCUUCACCACUCGCGCAGGUGCUGCCGGCAGAGCGGGUGCUCCCACGUGGGAUGGGAGGCGGGGAGGGCGCCACCCAGAAUUCCAAGCAGACGCCUCAUCUUUACAAAUCAUUGUCUACUAAGUCGGACGGAAGCACCCACCUGCCUUCAAGUUUUAUUCACGUCGAGAGUUUUCUAACAAGGUUAACAUCUUAGUUCCUAACCUUUUUUUCUUUGUGUGUAGUAGUUGCUUUUUCUGUUACCUUGGUAGGAAGCUUACUGACAAACCAUAUUCUAGUACAAAUACACCUAAAAAGUACUCUGUACAGAGCAGAACUAAAUCACAGUCCAUUCCACAAAGCGCAUCCAAACCACCCAAGUGACCAAGGUGAGUAGCGUGCAGAGGAAAGGGGUUUGGAAGGAGCAGAGAGGAGGGGAGGGAAAUGCGACCGGCACUGAGACUGUGCUCGCUGAGAUGAAAGCAGGACAGCAGGAGGUGGUAAAGGCCAGGCUUUUCUUCGGUUUUCUUCAAAACUCAUCAAAGCACAGGUGAGCCGCCACUGCCGGUCCCUAAUCAGGGAACCAAGGGUCAGCCAGGAAGAAGCUUGUGCUCCGGACGCUGCAGUGUCUGAGCUGGGGCUGUCGCUGGAGGUUUUAGGUGCGAAGCGCAAGUUGAACAUAAGGCUGAGCUGUGAAGUUGUCACGGAUCAGAAACAGCGGGUGGGCUCUGAUCUGCUUGGGGCGAAUGUAGACUUAGGGAGACAGAAGUAGGUUGGCGUCAAGGUACAGGGGGAAAGCUGGUUCACUUCCCUGCUGCCAUGAGACCUUUGCCUUAAGGUGCUGGGUUCCAAGGACUUGGUGCAGGCAUCUCGGCCAAGACUGCUUUUCGAUGUCUGUGGUUCUUUGUCAGCCACAUGGAGUGGAUUCUGACCAGACUUGAGGGUUUUUAAGUCGGAACCAAGAAACUUAAAAAGGGGAAAAAGCAAUUUGGCCUGCUAUUCUAAAACAUGAGUCUUUAAUGGUACUUUGCUACGAAGCGAACACACUGUAUUCCUUACGCAAAACACAUAAUCUUCCAUUAUUUAUAAUGAAAAUGUUGAACUCUCUUAGCUCAGUUACUCAGUUCGAUACGUAGUAUUUUUAAUGCUUUUGUAUCUGUGUGCCACCCUGUGUAUUCUAUAUGACUACUUGUAUGAGCACCAACCAACCACGCCUUAGCUGACAGGCUUGAGCUCCGGUGCCCCAGGCUCCACAGGGGCCCAGGUUCUCCGACCACACCUGCGUGCAUUGCUUCUGUGAGGUUUUGGACACGUGCCAACUCUUUCCUGGACCUUUCUCUAUUGUAGAAUUUAUCUUACUUGCCAAAUUUUUCUGAAUGUGACUUUUUGCUAAUUUGCUGGUUUUGGGAUUAAGUAGCAUCAUUUUGCCACCUUUCAUGUUAUAUUUAUAAAAAAAAGUAUUAUCUUACUACUUUGGAUUGUUGUGCUGGUGUAAUGUGGAUUUAACAUCAAUAAAUAUUUAACAGAAUAGUGGCAAA